GUUUACCGUCAACGGCAUUCUACGCACAACAAUGGCCAUCCAAGGAAUCGUGACUGCCAAGAUCAAGCAUAAGCGCGCAUCUGCUCCCAAAAGCCGUAAUGGCUGCAUCACAUGCAAGAUCCGACACCUAAAAUGUGACGAGGCGAAACCGGUAUGUGACCGUUGCUGCGAGGACAAGAUCAAGUGCGACGGCUACGCAAUGCCUAAACCCAAAGCUCCCCGGCGAAAGCACCGUAAAAAGACUGCACCAACAAAUUCCGAUACUAUGUCUUUGUGCUUAACGAUUGACGAUAUCCCCUCAUUGACAAGUUCAGAGCGUUUGUACUUCCAACACUUCCUGCAGUUCACGACUACGCAGCUGUCACUCUCUUCCGGUUCGACCAACUUUUGGCUCCGAUAUGCUUUGCCCAUAGGUUACCAGUUCGAGUCAAUUCGAUACAGCAUGAUUGCUGUUGGCGCCUCGCAUCGACUAUUCAUGGCGAAAUCUCUCGGUCAUUCGGAUAUAGGCGAAUUAAAAGGCUUCGCUACCCACCAAUACAAUAAGGCUAUCGCGACUAUUAUACCACGCAUGACAGCUUCUCAAGACUUGCAUAUUAUCAUGAUCUGCUGCCUUCUUUUCGUUUCAUUCGAAGGUCUGACUGGUCGCUAUGACGAGCUCCUACAACAUCUCAGUGCCGGAAUCUCAUUAUUCGAUUCAGCGCUGCCGUCGUCAAACGAAGAAGAACGCGCAAUGACAACAAAACUUGCCGAGAUGUUCUGCCGGCUUGGAGUAGAGUCAUCCAACUUUAUGCAAAAUGAUGCAGGUGUUUCCGGGAUGCGAAAGUGGUAUCACACGAACAAACCUCAGCACUCCCAGUCUCCAAAACCAUUCAGCAAUCUUGACGAAGCAUCUUCUGCAUUGCGGCAUUUGGAUGUUCUCUACGACGAAAAGCCUUGGCACUAUGAAGGAAGCGAUGCAGAGGGUACAGAGACACUUGUGUCGGAAACGAGUACAAACCUCCAGAGCGCUCUCGAUGGGUGGACCGCGCGUCUUGAUGCUCUCUACGAGGCCAGGAAUGAGGACAUAAUGAUUGAGGGGGAGCAGCAGUACCGCAACCUGCGCCUGCGCCAGCAAUACUGGCAGAUGGCGAUCAAUUCAUACUCCACGAAAGAAGCGGCCGCCAAUCCCAAGACUUUUGAGCCAUUCCUGGCAGCAGCCAGAGAAGCAGCAGCACCUUUUAUUGCUCUCCGCCAGCCGACAUUUUCGCUCGAUGGCGAUCUGAUCUCCGGCCUAGCUUUCGUCGCAUCGACCACGACUGACGAUGAAACCAAAGUACAGGCUCUUGACCUCUUGUGGCGAUUGAAUCGUCGUGAAGGGCUUUUGGACAGUCGUGAUUUUGUUGAGUUGCAUGAGCUUGCAAGGGCGCUUGAAACAUGCAAGGAACCUAACUUUGACGAAAAUUGGAAGCCUACGGCGGCGGCUGGGCUUCCGACGAUUAUUGAGAGGUUACGGAACAGUCUGGGGCAAUUACAUAUUUAA